AGGGCCUUUUGGUAUUAGGAAAAACAAAGACUUCGUGCCCACUAUUUGCGGCAAACUAAAUUUCGUGUGUUUUUAUUUUCAUUAAAUCAUAAAUUUUUGGGGCUGGGCUUAAGCGCGGCCGAGAAUUUGUGGACUGUUUGACCGUAAAUCAGUUUUUCAUAAAGCUAUUGACUUUAUCGGGAACUGUCAACGAAUAAAAGUUACGUAUUCGAGGGAGUUACGUAGUCGCACUUGUUCUGCAAUUUGGAAAUGAUGUUGAAGGGUCUGCGGCGAGUGCGGAAUGUGCUGCAGCGCGGGGGCCAUCAGAUGGCUCAGAUCCGCAGUGCCAUGGGGCAGCCCCACAGAAUUUCCCAGGAGCUGUCGCUCCUCCAACUUAGCCGGAGACAGGUAAUGCAGCUGCAGGCGGAGUACAAGGCGAUUGUAGGCGUGAUAGCCCGCUCCCUGCAACUGACGCCGCGAGAAGUGCGUCUGAUGCACCUGCGCAGCCUGAGUUCGGCGCAAAAACCACCUCCCACACCCGCAGAUGACAAGGGGGAAAAGGCUCCAGGCAAGACUCGAGAGGGUAACGCGAAGGAGGAGCAGAACCCAGCUGAGAAGAGCAGCAAAGCUCCAGGCGAGGAGGCCUCCAGUAGUCCCAGUCCUAAUCCCAGUUCCAGUAGUUCCGCCGGCGAGCCGGGAGAAGAUCCCAACAAGAACAGCAACGAGAACGAUGAAAAGAUGCGUUCCGUGUUGACCAAGGCAGUACUCUGGCUUUUCACCAUCUACAUGUUUGUAGCCUUCUUCUCCCUGCUGAUCACACCGCGGUCCGAACGGCCAGAGGGCUCAACGCGCUACGUGUCCUGGAACGAGUUCGUGCACCACAUGCUAGCAGUGGGCGAAGUCAAGGAGUUGAUCAUACGGCCCGACAUGGAGAUGGUCACCAUCAUCCUGCACGAGGGGGCCGUUAUCAAGGGCCGCAAGGUGACUUCCACCAUCUUCCACAUGGCAGUGGCCGAUGCCAACAAGUUUGAGGAGAAGCUGCGUGAGGUGGAGAAGCGGCUGGGCAUCAAGGAUGGCGUUCCGGUGACCUACGAUCGCCAGACGGACACCACCGGCCGCAUCCUCAUGCUGCUGCUCAUCUGCGCCCUGCUCAUGUCCAUCGCCACCCGCAUGAAGAGCAUUAAGAGCCCGCUAAGCAUGGAUUCGUUUAACCAAAUGGGUCGGGCCAAGUUCACGCUGGUGGAUCCCUUCGACGGCGGACGCGGCGUGCUUUUCCGUGACGUGGCUGGUCUUAGCGAAGCCAAGCAGGAGGUGAAGGAGUUCGUAGACUACCUCAAGUCCCCGGAGAAGUACCAGCGCCUGGGCGCCAAAGUGCCGCGCGGAGCCCUGCUCCUGGGUCCGCCGGGGUGCGGCAAGACGCUCCUGGCCAAGGCGGUGGCCACUGAGGCCCAGGUGCCGUUCCUCAGCAUGAACGGCUCCGAGUUCAUCGAGAUGAUCGGCGGCCUGGGGGCGGCACGCGUGCGCGAUCUCUUCAAGGAAGGCAAGAAGCGGGCGCCGUGCAUCAUCUAUAUAGACGAAAUCGACGCCAUCGGUCGUCAGCGCUCCGGAACGGAGAACAUGGGCCAGGGCAGCUCCGGCGAGUCGGAGCAGACGCUUAACCAGCUACUGGUCGAGAUGGAUGGCAUGGCCACCAAGGAGGGCGUGCUCAUGCUGGCGAGCACGAAUCGCGCCGACAUUCUGGACAAGGCACUUCUGCGACCCGGCCGCUUUGAUCGCCACAUCCUCAUCGACUUGCCCACGCUGGUGGAGCGCAAAGAGAUCUUUGAGAAGCACUUGUCGUCGGUGAAACUGGAGUCGCCGCCUGCGACCUUCUCCCAGCGCUUGGCCCGUCUCACGCCCGGCUUCUCGGGUGCGGACAUUGCCAACGUGUGCAACGAGGCAGCCCUGCACGCAGCGCGCAACACACAGAAGGAGGUCAGCAGCAAGAACCUGGAGUACGCUGUGGAGCGACUAGUCGGCGGAACUGAGAAGCGCUCGCAUGCGCUGUCGCUGGCGGAGCGCAAGGUGAUCGCGUACCACGAGUCCGGACACGCUCUGGUGGGCUGGAUGCUGCCCAACUCGGACAUCCUCCUGAAGGUCACCAUAGUGCCGCGCACUAGCCUGGCGCUGGGCUUUGCCCAGUACACGCCCAGCGAGCAGCACUUGUACAGCAAGGAGGAGCUCUUCGACAAGAUGUGCAUGGCGCUGGGCGGUCGCGCGGCCGAGAACCUGGUCUUCAAUCGCAUAACGACGGGCGCACAAAACGAUCUGGAGAAGGUGACGAAGAUUGCCUACUCGCAGAUCAAGAAGUUUGGCAUGAACGCGAACUUGGGGCCCAUCUACGUCCGGGACGCAGAUGAAACGGAGGGCGGAGGUGCGCUGGGCAGCGGCGGCAAGAAGCCCUUCUCGCGGGCCAUGGAGAGCCUGAUCGACAACGAAGCGCGCCAUGUGGUCGCCAGCGCCUACCAAACCACCGAGGGCAUCCUCACUUCGCACCGCGAUAAGCUGGAAAAGCUGGCCGAAGCUUUGCUGGAGAAGGAAACGCUGGACUACGACCAGGUGGUGGAGCUGAUUGGACCGCCGCCGUACGAUAUCGGCAAGCGGCAAGUGGACGGCGUGGAGUUCGAGCAGUCAUUGAAGAACCUGGGCAGCGACGCGGACGCCACCAAAGCCUGAGACGCACAGCUGUAGAGGCGCAAUUGUUCAUCACACACCACGUGCCCCGAGUCGCUCACCUUUUGCCCGCCAUUGGUUCAUGUUCGUUAAAUGUAAAUAAAGUUGUUUACCUUUUUAAAUGAC